AUUAGUAAUUUUAGUUGAAUAUUAACCAAUGAAAAAUACUAGUAGAGCUGAAAGUGUAUUUACAGCAUCGCUGCUGAUGAGGCCUCGCCAUCGUCGCCAGCUCUGUUUCCGCCAAUGAAAGCCUCGUCGGCAACGGAGCUAGCCAGUCGAAUAAGCCGGGUUCUAAUCUCCGCUUCCAACCACACAAGGCCGACUCGUUCAUGGGAUCCUUCUCUCGAGACCAUUCUCCACCGCCUCGGUUGCCGCGACUCACUGAGCCCCUCACUCGUGGCCCGAGUUAUCGACCCCUUCCUCCUCAAUCACCACUCGCUCGCUCUCGGCUUCUUCAACUGGGCUUCCCAGCAACCGUCCUUCUCCCACACAUCCCUCACCUACCGAUCAGUCCUCAAGUCUCUCUCGUUUUCCCGCCAAUUCAACUCCAUUGAUGCCCUCCUCAAGCAAGUCAAAGUCCAGAAGAUCAGUCUCGAUGCUUCGGUUUAUCGCUCCGUAAUUGCUUCACUAAUCAUUGCAAAGAAAACCCACAACGCUUUUUUGGUCUUCAGCGAGGUUUCCUCGCUAAUUGGAGACAUUGGGCAUUGGAUUUGUAACUCGCUGUUGGCUGCGCUAGCAUCCGAUGGAUAUUUUGAGUAUGCCCAGAAGGUGUUUGAUGAAAUGACUCUUAAAGCUGUCCCCUUGAGCACAGUUGGUUUUGGUGUUUUUAUAUGGAGACUUUGUGGAAAUGCUGAAUUGGGUAAAAUUUUGAGUAUGUUAGAUGAGGUUAGGAGAGGUGGUUCGGAGAUUAACGGCUCCGUUAUAGCUCUUUUGGUUGUUCACGGGCUUUGUCAGGCUUCUAGAGUAUCAGAGGCUUUUUGGGUAUUGGAUGAGCUGAGAAGUAGAGAGUGCAAACCUGAUUUCAUGGCGUAUAGGAUUGUCGCCGAAGCACUUCGGUUAACUGGGGACGUAGUUGGUACCGAAAAGGUUUUGAAGAAGAAGAGAAAGCUAGGUGUAGCUCCUAGGACUAAUGAUUAUAGAGGGUUCAUAUUUGAUUUGAUUUCAGAGAGGCGGAUAUGUGAAGCAAAAGAGUUGGGAGAAGUGAUUGUUAGCGGGAAUUUUCCGAUUGACGAUGAUGUUCUCAAUGUCUUGAUAGGAUCAGUGUCGGCAAUUGAUCCUGGCUCGGCGUUAGUCUUCUUCGAAUUCAUGGUUGGAAAAGAGAGGUUCCCAACUCUUUUGACUUUGAGCAAUUUGAGUAGGAAUCUGUGUAAGCAUGACAAAAGUGAUGACUUGCUGGAAGUCUUUCGAGUUCUUUCAUCCGGCGGCUAUUUCAGAGAUUUGGAGACUUACAAUGUGAUGGUGUCGUUCUUGUGCAGAGCAGGGAUGGUGAAAGAAGCCUAUGGCGCUCUUCAGGAGAUGAGGAAAAAUGGAUUAGGCCCGGACAUUUUGACUUAUAAUUCUCUUAUUGAAGCAUGUUGUAGGGAAGAUCUGUUGAGACCUGCUAAAAGGCUAUGGGACGAGAUGUUUGCAACUGGGUGCAACGGAAACUUGAAGACUUACAAUAUCCUAAUACAUAAGUUUUCGGAAGUAGGCCAGGUAGACGAGGCUCAGAGGCUCUUUUACCACAUGCUGGGUAAAGGGGUUGCACCGGACACGAUGACUUACAUUUCUCUACUUGAAGGGCUUUGCCAUGAAAAAAAGGUUGAAGCCGCUUUCGAAGUUUUUAACAAGUCUGUUCAACAGGAUAUGAUGCUUGCACAAACUGUAUUGGGUGCAUUUACUCAUUCUUUGUGCAAAACAGGUCUUUUUCUUGCUGCUUCUAAGUUACUCUGCGGCAUCAGCCAUGAUGUAACACAGUCCGAUUCCCAUGUAACUUUGCUGAAGUAUUUAGCUGACGCUGAAGAGAUUCCUGUUGCCAUCGAACACAUUAAAUGGGUUCGACAAACCGCACCCUCGAUGUUGCAAAUUAUAUCAGCUGAACUUUUAGCAUCCCUUUCUUCUUCUUCGAGACCAGAGCCAACUCUGCAGUUGCUUCAAACAAUCCGGGAAAUAUCAGGUCUCAAACAAUAAUGCUCUAGUUUAGAUUGCUCAGACCAGAGGUUCAAUUUAGAUUGUAGAAGUUUGGCGUUCGGAUAUUAUAAUUCACAGCAAUAGUUGCAUGUUUAUGAUAAUUUGAUUGCUCCGCAAUUCAUCCA